AUGGCAUCGCCUUAUUGGUCUUGGAUGCCUAGUCACUGUGACAUGUGGCAUGAGUUUGGGCUUCAAGUUUCAAAGAAAAAAAAUGAUAAGAAUGUUAUAAAGUCUGAUUGUUCAGAAGAAAGUCUAAAACAUGAGAAACAAAAGCUUAAAACUUCUGUUCCGAUAACUAGUUUGGUUGUUGAUCAAGCACCAAGAAUCUCGAUUCCAGAGCCUUUUGUAUUCUUUUCUCCAAGACCUGUUACUGAACUUGAUGCUGCUGCGACUAAGCUCCAGACAGUGUACAAGAGUUAUCGGACAAGAAGGAACCUUGCAGAUUGUGCUGUAGUUGUUGAAGAGCUCUGGUGGAAAGCCUUGGAUUCUGCAGCUUUAACGCAGAGCUCUAUAUCAUUUUUUGAUGUCAAUAAACAUGAAGCUGCUGUGUCAAGGUGGUCACGUGCUAGAACAAGGGCUUCUAAGGUAGGCAAAGGUUUGUUGAAGGAUGAAAAGGCUCAAAAACUAGCUCUGCAACAUUGGCUGGAAGCGAUUGAUCCACGUCAUCGUUAUGGACACAACUUACACUUCUACUAUGAUGUAUGGUUCAACAGCAAAAGUACCCAACCUUUCUUCUAUUGGUUGGAUGUGGGUGAUGGGAAAGAACUAAAUCUCGAGAAUUGCAAGAGAGCUGAUUUGCAACGUCAAUGCAUCAAGUAUUUAGGACCUAACGAAAGGGAAGCCUACGAAGUAGUUGUGGAGGAUGGCAAGUUGGUAUAUAAGCAAAGCGGAAUGCUCCUGAAUACAACAGAAGGAUCGAAGUGGAUUUUCGUUCUUAGUACUUCAAGAGUUCUUUAUGUUGGAAAGAAAAAAAAGGGUGUUUUCCAACACUCUAGUUUCCUAUCUGGUGGUGCUACUACAGCAGCUGGUAGAUUGGUUGUUCAGGAUGGUAUUCUUGAGGCAAUUUGGCCAUACAGCGGUCACUAUCUUCCUACAGAAGAUAAUUUCAAGGAAUUCAUCAAUUUCCUUGAGGAACACCAUGUAGAUUUGGCUAACGUUAAGAAAUGUGCAAUAGACGAUGAUAGACUUUUAUCGGUGUCUAACAAAGACAUGGAGAAAACCUUAUCACAAAAUUGUGAUGCAGAUAAAGCUAAAGACAAUGGUCCGGUCAGUGAUGUGUUGAAAAUAACUGCUCAUGAAGAAAACUUUACGCAUACAAGUAAAGACAAGAUAGAAGAACCAGUUUUUGACUUGACCAAACGUUUGUCUUGCAAGUGGACAAGUGGCGUUGGUCCCCGUAUUGGCUGUGUUAGAGACUAUCCAAUGGAUCUUCAAUCUCAGGCUCUUGAAGCAGUCAAUCUGUCUCCAAGAGUUAACUUGUCUCAGCCCAAGAACUGUAAUCCAAUUCCUUCACCACGUCCGAGCCCAAAAAUCCAUGUAUCGCCUAGGCUUGCAUACAUGGGACUUCCAAGCCCAAGAGUUUCUAUUACUACCUUGUGAAUUCACAGUGAAUGAUUUAUUCACUUAUUCUAUUGACCAUGCCAAGUUCUUCAGUUAGGGUAGUUAAUAGGCAUUCUUUGAAAGUUUUUGGAUCUGUAUUCAAAGUUUAGUCACCCUUCGAAAUGUAAUUGAGAAAUAACCACUUUUUGAUGGAAAUAAAAUCUGGA